AUGGCAAUGAAUAGUCUUGCCCUGCAAAUAUUUACCGGUCGAUGGUUUAUAGUCUUUGCCUCACUCUUGAUUAUGUCUGUUAAUGGUACAAGUUACAUGUAUGGUCUAUACUCCGGCGAGAUCAAAUCAUCAUUAGGCUAUGAUCAAACUACACUUAACAUUCUAAGCUUCUUCAAAGACUUAGGAGGCAAUCUUGGAGUUUCAGCUGGUCUAGUCUAUGAAGUAACGCCACCUUGGGUAGUUAUUGUCAUCGGCGCAGUAAUGAACUUCUCUGCAUAUUUUUUGAUAUGGGUAUCAGUCACUGGCCACAUAGCAAAACCCCAUAUCUGGCAAAUGUGUCUGUAUAUGUGCCUUGCAACAAAUUCAGCAUCAUAUCCUAACACUGCAGCAUUAGUCACAAGUGUCAGUAAUUUUCCUGAAAGCCGAGGCAGUGUUAUAGGCCUCCUGAAAGGGCUAAUUGGUCUAAGUGGUGCAAUUAUGACUCAAAUUUACCAUGCUCUCUAUGGAACUGACUCCAAGUCUCUUAUUUUGCUAAUAGCUUGGCUUCCAACCAUUGUUCCAUUGAUUUUUCUUCCAACAAUUCGUAUCAAGAAGGUCGUUCGACAAGUAAAAGAGCUUAAUGUUUUCUAUAACUUCCUCUACAAUGCACUAGGUCUAGCAGGAUUUAUAAUGAUCAUCAUUAUCAUACAAAACAAGCUCAAAUUUACUAGAGCUGAGUACAUUGGAAGUGCUACAAUUGUUAUCCUAUUACUUCUUCUUCCACUUGUUAUUGUCAUUAAAGAAGAAUUCUCUCUCAGACAAAUCAACAAAUUCGUAAACAACAACACUCAAUUGAAUAUUUCAGCUGAAAACCCACCAGCAGAAGCACAAGCAAAAGUGGACCUACUUUCUUGCUUUCAUAACAUUUUCAAAAAACCUGAUAGAGGUGAGGACUACACUAUCCUGCAAGCAAUUUUCAGCAUUGACAUGACAAUUCUAUUCAUUUCAACAACCUGUGGUGUUGGUGGGGCAUUAGCAGCAAUUGACAAUAUGGGUCAAAUUGCAAAUUCAUUAGGCUACAAAGAAAAUAAUAUAUCUACCUUCAUAUCCCUAAUAAGUAUAUGGAAUUUCCUUGGUAGAGUCCUAGCAGGUUUUUUAUCUGAAACACUACUAACAAAGUACAAAUUCCCUAGACCAGUAAUUCUUACUCUUACUAUCCUAUUUUCUUGUGUUGGUCACAUUUUAAUUGCUCUUGGAGUCCCUAAUUCUCUCUACUUAUCUUCAAUUAUCCUUGGGUUUUGCCUUGGAGCACAAUUACCAUUAGUUUCUGCAAUUAUAUCAGAAAUGUUCGGCCUUAAACAUUUCUCUACAUUGUAUAGUGUUGGGUCAGUGUCAAGCCCAGUUGGGUCUUACAUUUUCAAUGUGAAGGUUGCUGGUCAUUUGUAUGACAGAGAGGCCAUAAGACAAAUGAGCCUUUUGGGGCUCAAAAGAGAAAAAGGGAAGGAGUUGAUUUGCAAUGGAGUCCACUGUUUUAGGCUGGCUUUUGUUAUAAUUACUGUGUCAAGCUUUUUGGGUUUUCUUGUUUCAAUUAUUUUGGUGCAAAGGACAAAAAAGUUUUAUGAAGGUGAUAUUUAUAAGAAGUUUAGGGAGCAAGCAAUGGAGGUGGAAAUUGAUCCAGUUUCAAGAAAUGCAGAGGUUCUUCAAUUGGAGGAGGCCACCACCACCACAGCCACGAAUCAAAAUCAGUCGACAUAA